AAACUGUUGCUCAGAUUGAAGAAAAAAACAAAGGGAUCUAUAUCCACAAAUCCUCAAAUCCAGUCAACGUGGAAAGAAAAUCCAAAUCGUUUGAGAAAUAAUCUGCAGGUUAUGUUUAGAGAAAAGGAAGAGAAAUACAGUAAGAGAUUAAAACGAUGAAAUCCGAGGGAUCAACCUCAGGGAGGAGGGAGGAACAACAGGCCCUGGUGCGUCACAGCAGCAGCAGCGCGCGUUUGUUUUCUCCUUCGCAUAGUUUGAUGCGCCACUCCCACUCCACGAGUCCCCCCUCAGCUGUUCCCACAUGGAUCCACUCACAGGUCCGCGCUGUUAGCAGAGGAACAGUCCGGCUGGAGGACUGAGACUCGGACUGAUUUCUCCUGGUCCGUUUUUUGGAGCAACUUGUUGCGCAGCUGCUGUUUCAACCCGCAGCCGCAGAUCCGAGCCUCAACAACCGACUGGAGGCAUUUUUCUGUGCCUGGAGGGCGAGGAGGAGAACAGCUGUGGUUCUACCAGGGAGCACGUUUCCGGUGUACUCCCUCCCUCCCACGCACCCUCUUCUUGUUUUGGGUUGUAGUAGUAUUUCCCCCCUCAGCCUAACUAAUAUGAUUAAAGGGACAGGGGAUGCGAGUCACGAGCUGGACGCGUCCUUUCCACGGACUGGACUGGAACCACAGCCUCUUCUGUCUCACUUUGCUCCUGUGGACCAGGGGCAUGAACGGACUGGCUGACUUUUCAAACUACCUGUCCAGGAUUAUCACCAGCCACUCCGCUCACGCCUGUGACGGCACGCCGCUGCGCCUCCACUGCCCUCGCCACUCCACCAUCUCCAUCCAGUCGGCCUUCUACGGGAGCGGCGAGGUCUGGCUCUGCAAGGGGGAGCCUCCCUCCGGACCCCGCGACAACCGCAGCUGCUCGGCGUACACUGCUCUGCAGGUGCAUUUUCAUGUUUGGGACAAGCUGCUAUCAGAGUGUCAGAGCCACAGAGAUUGCCAGCUGCCUGUCAGUCACCUGCUGUUUGGGAAGGACCCCUGCCCCGGCACUACCAAAUAUCUCCAUGUGGAUUACAAAUGUAAACCCACUGAACACAAAAAACAGGUGGUGUGUGAAGGAGGCAUCAUGGUCCUGCGCUGUAAGCUCCCCAAGGUGCUGAACAUCUACGCAGCUGUUUACGGACGAAGUCUGGCUCAGCCUGACAUCUGCCCCUCACACCUGACCGGAUCACCCCCAUUUGAGUGUCUGAACUACGAGGCUGUGCAGCUGGUGUCCAAGUCCUGCUACAGUAAACAAAAGUGUGCCAUUGCUGUUGGCAACCAGACCUUUCGAGACCCCUGCUAUCCAGGAACCAGGAAGUACCUCACUGUGCUGUAUUCCUGUGUGCCACAGGCUUUACUGAAGGAGGCAGACCCCAGGAUAAUAAGCACCACCUCCUUUCCCACCACAGAAAAAGCUUCUCCGGCAGAUGUGGAGGAGCCUUCUAUCAGAGGGUCGGGCAGGCCUGAAAGCUCGGGGGCGAUGGUGAGCAACUCUCUCCUGGCAUACGUCUACAUCAGAGAGCACCCGGAGAUGGCGGCGCUGCUGUUCACCUCCAGCGUGUGCGUGGGCCUCCUCGUCACCCUGCUGGCCCUGUCCGUCCGGGUGACCUGCCGUGGGCGGGGUCGGGGACUCGCAGCCGAGCCAGGCGGCCAGGAGCGGGACCACAAGGAGGAUGAGGAGGAUGAGGAGGAUGAGGAUGAUGAGGACGAUGACGAGGAAACAGAGAGCUCUUUGCUCUCGGCCGCAGAGAGGAAGGCGGGACACAGCUGGGAUGAAGUGACGUACGUGAGCGAGGCGGCCGAACUGGCGGAGAGGAUCGAGCGCAGAGACAUGAUCAUUCAGGAAAUUUGGAUGAACUCGUAUCUGAACGGCACCCCCUGUUGAAGAGAGGACCCUCURUGGGUGCUGCACACGAGCUUUAGCUCACAACCAAAGAGACUUUUUUUAAAAAUCGUAAUGCAGAGCAGUGUCGCAGUCUUUGCAAUGGAAGAAUGCAAUAUCUGCAAUGGAGUCAAGUUUUGUGCUGCAAAAAAAGGCAGCUUGUAUUUAAAUGCUGUAUUUACUCACUUUUACCAGCAAAAAAGCUGAAGUUAUGUUAUUUUCACAGGUUUAAACCACUGAGUAGAAUUCAUAAAGCUGUUUUUUCAUUGUUUUCUGCA